UCCCUGUGUUGAGGAAUAUGUAGCUCGGUGUUUGAGCUGCAAAUUGUGCUCUGGAUAGUGGGAAAUUGCUGGAGCCCCAGGUAAGGAGCCGUGAGUGGGUGCUGAUCUUGUGCCUAACAAAGGUCAUGGGCCUUCCAGAGCUGGCUGGGUGUGGGUGUCUUCUCCCCCACAGACUGUGCACAAACCAAUGAAGUGAGAAGACAUCAGACUAAUUUUCCACUGGUCAGAACUGUUGUGCAAGGGGUGGGAGAUUAAGGAUGGAAGAGUAUGAAAGCCCAGGGAUUCCUUUGUUGGUGUCCCUGCCUGGAGGAGGCACCAGCUUUGGCAAUGAAAUUUUUCUAUAAAACAAAAUAAAAAGAACAGAUUUCAGUGUCUCUCUUUCCACAUCUGCCCCCCCCCCCCCCUUCUUCAGUUUAGGCUGAUGCCUAAAUAUGAAGUGCCCUGUGAAAAAAUCAGCUGCAAUAUUUUCCUCUUCAGGAUGUUCUGCAAUAGCUAAUUAAAUUUUUUUCCUGUGUUUUGUAUGUGUCCUGUCCUGAUCACAGUGUUGUUAUAUUUCUCCAGCUCUUCCAGAGAGAGAGCUGCUGUAAUGGGGAGGGAAGUCUGAGUGAGCAGAGUUCCCUUGUGUUGUGUGAGUCCCAGAAUGUUUUGAAUCAAGGCUGAUAAAUUCUCAAGGAAAGUGUGAGAGUUGCCUGUAUUUUUCAGACUUUUAACUCCAGUCCUCAGCUUUGAAUAAUAACAACAACCAGUUCUCAAGCUAUGGGAGCUCAAAACACACGUGUUUAGGACUUGAGAAUGACUACAACCAUAAAGGGAGUGAUGAUAAGGUUCCUGACAAGCAUAGGAAGUAUCACUCUUGCACUAUCUCAUGCGUGUAGGUUUUUACACACAGUUGCAGCCUCUUGUUUUCAUUUUAUACCAAAGGAUGCAAUAUUCCAGCAGUAAUUAUACCUUGGUUUCUCGCUGCAAGAUCUGAAUAAAUUUCUGCUAGGUUUUGGUCAAAAGGAAAUUUGUUGCAUUAAUUGCAGGGGAGACAAUGACUUUAAAUCAGAAAGUACCAGAGGAUCAUAAAACCUUUCCCUUAGCCUCUGGAUAGCUGAACACGCAGGAUCGGUUUUACCUGCAAUAGGGGUGGGUGACACAAGUGGCCUCACCUUCCCUUUUGAGCAUCAGGUUCCAGAAGAGCCACAGGGACAAAACAUUUCUUUUUCUUUCCUGGUGCAAAUAAACACAAUAUGUUGUCUGCUAUGUAUGAGUAUCUGAAUAUCUGAAACUGAAAGCUGUCCGUGUACGAGAGACCCCUGCCCACUUUCCCUCCACAGCACGUUACUCCUGUGCCCUCUGCUAACAUGUCCUUGUUUCCUCACUAAUGAGUAAGUGUGCUCUGUCUUUGGCUGCCAUCCCACGUCCCUAGAAUUGACUCCAUUUCGGCUUUCUGUGGGCGAUUUAUGGAACACGUAAGGUAACAAGAGGAUGAGUUCCUCUCGGCGCUCCAGAGCUGGAGCUGAGUGGUUCUGGCUGCAGGGCUUUAGGACCCAGGGGUUGCUGAGUGGAGGAGGCUGAAUCCCCUCCCGCUGUCAUCCUCCUGCCUCUGCAGCUUUAUUCCUACAGCCUUCAAUGGUGACGGACUCCCUCCCACCCGGGCUGGCAGCCAGAGCCACAAGGCCUCGCUAGGACCGGAUCCCUGCGGCUCUAUGGCAUCUCCCAGGACCAUCACCAUCGUCGCCCUCUCGGUGGCCCUGGGGCUCUUCUUCGUCUUUAUGGGGACCAUCAAACUGACCCCCCGGCUCAGCAGGGAUGCCUACAAUGAGAUGAAACGAGCAUACAAAAGCUACGUGCGGGCCCUGCCCAUGCUCAAGAAGAUGGGAGUCAGCUCCAUCCUCCUCCGCAAGAGCAUCGGCGCCCUGGAAGUGGCGUGCGGCAUUGUCAUGACACUGGUGCCUGGUCGCCCCAAGGACGUGGCCAACUUCCUGCUCCUCCUCCUCGUGCUGGCUGUGCUCUUUUUCCACCAGCUCGUGGGGGACCCCCUCAAGCGUUAUGCCCACGCCUUGGUCUUUGGGAUCCUGCUCACCUGCCGCCUGCUGAUCGCUCGCCAGCCCGAGGAGCUGCCGCCAGAGAAGAGGAUGCUGUCGGUGAACGGGGAUGAGCAGCCACUCAUCCAUGAAGCAGCUCCUGAGAAAGGCAAAAUGAAGGUAUCCUAGUUGAGUGCAUGUGAGGAAACACGGACCCUCGAGGCAGCUCUCUCCAAAAUCACCCAGAAAUUUUGGUUUUUAUUUACCUACUUGCAUUUUUUUUUUUUUUUUGGUCUGUCUAAAUAAAGUUGCACUUGGGGUCUGAGAGAUACAA